AUGGGCAACAACCCUGCAAACAUCACAUCAAUUCCAGACACACAGAAGCAUGUUAUCACCUGUUUCAUAGGUUACCUCAUCACCCUCCCUCAAUCUCAAUUGUCAGACAUCCUACCCAAUCUCUGGAAUAUAGGGCUUGACUCAUCUCUGUCAGUCUCGAAUGCACACAUUCGAGUGUCCUAUGUACAACAACACAAGCAACAGUUCUACAUCAUCAAGCCUCUGUCAUCAAUUCUGGUGCCCUGGAAACUGGUGGUUCCUGAUGCUAUCACAGCUAUGAUGUGCCUCCAGCAUGACUGGAGUUUGGAUAUCACCAAGAUCACGCAUAACCUCCUUGAAAAAGGAAUCACUAUAAAGACAUUGCAGGUAAUCUCAGUUCCGCCUCAUGCUUGGCGCCCACUUAUGGAACUCCAUAUAUACUCACUCGGACAUGUCUUCUCCCCCAAGGAUCGCAGGCUUCCUCAAUUCAGGCCUGUUUAUGGUGUAUGA